AUGGUGGGAGGUGUGUUGGCUGACAGGGUGCUCUACAGGGGGUUCUGGGAUAUCCAGGGGGUUCAACGGAUAUCCAGGGGGUUCCAGGGAUAUCCAGGAGGUUUUGUUUUGGGUUUACAGACCCUACAGUCUUCACUUCAUAAACAAGAUCAGAUUAAACACAAGGGAAGAAGAACGACCACAGUUCCUUGGCCUAAAUUCCUCCUACAUCCUGAUGAUCAAGAUGUAAGAUCCUCUCCGGAUGAUAUUGACAGGGUUUGGGGUUUCCAGCCGCAUACUCCUCCCACGCCCUUCCCUACCUCAUCUACUUCUCCGGAGCCAGCAUGGAACACAACUCCACCAGUUAGAUUCACAGAGCUUAUAGUGGAUCCGAUAUCUAGACCACACUACCCAGAGCUAAUAGGAGAUCAUGCAACUAGACCACACUACCCAGAGCUAGUAGGUGAUCAUGCAACUAGACCACACUACUCAGAGCUAGUAGGAGAUCAUGCAACUAGACCACACUACCCAGAGCUAAUAGGAGAUCAUGCAACUAGACCACACUACCCAGAGCUAGUAGGAGAUCAUGCAACUAGACCACACUACCCAGAGCUAAUAGGAGAUCAUGCAACUAGACUACACUACCCGGAGCUAAUAAGUGAUCAUGCAACUAGACCACCCUACCCGGAGAUAAUUGGUAAUCAAGAAACUAGACCAUCCUUCCCAAGGCGUAGAGCAGAGCUUGGAACAAGACAAACCAACCUGGGACGUAGAGUUACUCCCAACACAAGAUUAUCCUUCCCAGAAACGGUAAUAAAACAUACCAACCUAGGACGCAGAGUAGAUUCGGUAAAUAAAUGGAACCCAGUUACCGGGCAAACUUACACGGAGCGUGAGGUGAAUCCGGUAACCGGUCCCGACUUCCCGGAUCCGGUAUCCAGUCCCAACUACCCGGAUCCGAUGAGUAGAGCAACCAACCCGGAGAAUAAAGUCCAUCCGGAAGUUGAACCAUCAAUCUCUCAGCAAAUGAUGGAUUCUGUUUCCAAACAAACCAACCGAAAGCGGAAAGUAAAUCCGGUAACUGAUUCAAGCAGCUCUAAUCCAGUAAUAAACACUGCAAAUCGUAGUGUUGAUCCGGAAACUAAUCUAGACAAGCAGGAUUCCACAACCGGAGUGGAUGAACCAGAUGGUAUUAAAAAUCCUACAAACCCCAACUCGGAAGGUAUGGCGGAUCCGGACAACGCGGUACGACCGGAGGAUCUAUCAGUGACAAAAACGAACCCGGAGAAGAUAAAGGACCCAGCAGCUACACCAACUAACCCGGAGCAGAUAGAGGACCCAGCAGCUGCACCAACCAACCCGGAGCAGAUAGAAGAUCCAGAAGCUGUACAAACCAACCUGGAACGACCGAAGGAUCUAGCAGCUUCAAAAACCAACCAAGAGCAGCAAGAGGAUUUCCCAGCUGAUAAAUCUAACCCGGAGAAACUAUUAAAACCUGUUACAGUCCGGACGGAUCCUGAUCAGAUAACUGAACAAACCUUCCGAAGAUAUGAACUUCCGAAUGUUCAACCCGAGAAAGAUUUUAGACAACAAACCUCCAGUAACAGAAGAGUGGACGGAAUGGUGUUCUAUAAACCAAUUUUCUCUCCACCAAAAGAUAAAGGAAUAUCUCCACCUGGAGCUCGAGGUCUGAAACCUAACCGGAGAAGACCAACCUCGGGCAGGAGACAAGACCAGGAGCAAAGUGGGAGUAGGAGUAGGAUUAUUGUUAUUCCUAAGAUUUAUGUUGAUAUGGCGUUCUCAGGACAGAGUGAUUCCAUUUCUGUUCCAAAGUGA